AUGCUCGAUAUUCAGGUUCACCACGUCAUAGUUCGAAACAAGCGUCAAGCUCGAAACUAUCAAUUCAACCGCUUUGUUGUUCCGAGCGGAGUUCCGCAAACUAUUCGGUCUGGUCGUCAAGUCGGCGGUGUUUCCGGUUUCCAGGCUGGAGACGGACGCGUAUUGAGAGAUGGAUCGGGACCAGUCUUACAAGCGCCUCCACCUAGAAGAGUAUUCGAUUCAUUCAAGGUUCCUGGAGCUCCACCAGCGCAAUUGGUAGCACCCAGUCCCGAGUUGUGUGCCAGAUGUCCACCUUCAUCUGGUUCAGGAACCCAGGACCCUAUGAGUCUCAUCAGACAACUGAUCUGCUGGCCUCGACAUGGUGAGUGA